AUGUUCGCCAAUCUGGCAGAGGGGACAUUCAAUGAUACUAUGAACGACCCAGGGUUGCCGUACGCACCACAUCCGAAACUUCAGCAGCAUCUUACUCCGAAUUACGUGCAGCAGGUUCGGACACAAACAGAGUGCAGUGCCAUCCCUGCUCCAUCGCCGACACCGACUCCUACGGCGGGCAGAUAUAUACAACCGGCUCAGGUCCAUCCAGCAGUACUCCCCACUAUUGGGCUCUUACCAAUCGACAGGCCAUCCAUCUUUAGCACCGACGCAGUGCCUCGCCACGCCAGGCGCCACGGCGCCAGGGCUCAAAAUUAA